UGGGAUUUCAAGUAGUACAAUACAUAAUUUUGUUUGCGAACUGUCUUUUUCAGAUUUGAAACCAACUUGCAUACAUGAGGAGUGACUUCAUACCAACCACAAUGUGUCAAGAAAGAAAAAAAGACCCAAUAGAAAUGUUUCAUUCUGGCCAGCUGGUAAAAGUCUGUGCCCCAAUGGUUCGGUAUUCAAAGUUGGCUUUUAGAACAUUAGUAAGAAAAUACUCUUGUGAUCUGUGUUACACACCAAUGAUAGUUGCCGCUGAUUUUGUCAGAUCUGUAAAAGCCAGAGACAGUGAAUUUACUACAAACCAAGGUGAUUGCCCGUUGAUUGUUCAGUUUGCUGCUAAUGAUGCAAGACUUUUAUCUGAUGCUGCUUUUAUAGUCUGCCCCUAUGCCAAUGGAAUAGAUAUUAACUGUGGUUGCCCUCAGAGGUGGGCAAUGGCAGAUGGGUACGGAGCUUGCUUAAUAAACAAGCCGGAGCUUGUCCGCGAUAUGGUGAAACAAGUGAGAAACCAAGUGGAGAAUCCUAGAUUUUCAGUUUCAAUUAAAAUAAGGAUCCAUGAUGACCUGACAAGAACCAUAGAUCUUUGCCGAAAGGCUGAGGCAACAGGAGUGUCCUGGAUUACAGUUCAUGGAAGAACAGUUGAAGAAAGACACCAACCAGUCCACUAUGAUGCCAUUAAAAUGAUAAAGGAAAAUGUGUCUAUACCCAUAGUUGCUAAUGGAGACAUAAGAAGCUUGAAAGAAGCAGAAAAUGUGUGGCAGAUGACUGGGACAGAUGGUGUGAUGGUUGCAAGGGGACUUCUAGCAAACCCAGCUAUGUUUGCUGGAUAUGAAGAGACGCCACUGAAGUGUAUCUGGGACUGGGUUGACAUCGCCCUUGAACUUGGAACUCCUUUCAUGUGUUUCCAUCAACAUUUAAUGUACAUGAUGGAAAAGAUAACAUCAAAGCAGGAAAAAAAGGUCUUUAAUGCUCUGUCAAGUACAUCAGCAGUCCUGGACUACCUCACAGACCAUUAUGGUGUCUGACUCU